AUGGCCGACGGGGGUCGAGCACCCCAUGCUCCUCUGCCCGAACCAGUGUUCGCGUGUGCUCCUGGCACUGCCAGGAGGCCGACGAGCCCAUCCGCUCGCCUUGCCGCGCCCUCUAGCCCCGGGUCCACCCUUGCCGUCACUCUGACCGUCGCCUCGCUCAUCUCCUGCACCUCGCCGCACGCAUCCGUGCACGCCCCGACUGCCCCCUGCUCGCCGGCCGCGUCGUGCCGGCGCCCCGCGCCCGCGCUACCCACUCGUCGGCCCCUACCCGCGUCCGCGCCCCCGCAUCCGCCGUCGCGCGCCCGCCUCGCCCCGCAGCUGCUGCUGCUCCUCCACCACCACGCUCGCCCGCCUGCAGCGCCACCGCUGUCGUCUCGCAAGCUCUCCGGAACCGCAUCCGGGGCUUCGCCCGACUGCAGCUGCUCGCCGCCCCGCACCCCACCGCCUGACCGCGCGGCCGACGCCCUGCCAUGCCUCCCCGCUCACGCACCAGCCUGCUCCUCUACCGUGCUGCUCUGCUGCGCCGGGCCGCCCGCUUGCGCCCCACUUCCCCCCCGGCGCUACUGCUCCUCUCCUGCGUCGCCGCUCGCCCUCGCCGGCUCUGUCCGCCGCUGGCCGCGCUGCCGCCGCGCGCUCCUCCGCUGCCCACCGCGCACACCGCCGCGGCCAGCAACCCCUCCUAUUCCGCUUCCGCCCUCCGCCGUGGCCUCUAUCCAGAGGCCACCGGAAAUAAACCGCCGGCCUAAUUGGCCAUUAAGGCCGUAA